GAGGAGGGAGAGAGAGGCAGAGUGUGUGAGAGGAGGGAGAGAGAGAGGCUGGGAUCUGUGUGUGUGUGUGAAGUUAGUGCGGGUUGGAUCUGGAUCAGUGCGGGUCUCUCUCUCUCUCUCUCUGUGUGAGAGUGUGUGUCUAAUGCAGUCCAGGAGAGAGACCCAGAGAGCUGCCCUGAGGAUGUAACAUGGCGUUAGGAGGCAGUGGCUGCUUGCUCUUGCUGCUGCUGCUGCUGUGCUACGGGCUGGCCGAGCGGUCUGGCCGCUGGAAGAGGAGCGGAGCGUCGGUAUCUGAGGGGCCGAAGCGGCUACCUCACCCCCUGCUGUACUUCGACCCCAGCGAUGUGAGCGGCCUGCGGCAGAAGUCCCACAGCAGCAGUCAUUCAGCCAUCACUCGGGCUAUCAGGAGUGCUGUUGGCACCAUGCUGGGCAAACCCAACUUCUACCUGCCCCCCAGUGACCACCUCAGCUUCUCUGCCAAGUGGAACGAGGUUUAUGGCAACAAUCUGGGGGUGCUGUCCCUCUACUGCCUCCUGUACCCAGAGGACCAGGCAGCUCUAGACUUCACCCUUGACUACCUAGACCGAAUGGCCAGCUACCCUCAGUGGCAGGUGAGGGUGGCACCCAACGAUGAGGUGCCAGUCGCCCAUUCCCUGACCGGCUUUGCUACCGCUUUCGACUUCCUCUACCCGUUCCUGGAUGCGGCGCGGAGGCAGAGCUACCUGGAGAAGAUCCACGGAGUGACCAAGGAGCUGUACGAGUUCUCCAAGUACCGGGCCUGGGGCAAACACUACUUGCACAACCACCAGGCGACCAACAUCGUGGCGUUGUUGGUGGGCGCCCUGGUGCUGAGCCCCCACCGGCCACAGACCGCCCUGCUGUGCAAGCAGAUUGCCGUCGACGUGAUGGAGAAGACCAUGUUCCUGCUCGACCACGUGGUGGAUGGCUCCCUGGACGAAGGUGUGGCCUACGGCAGCUACACCGCCCGCUCCGUCACCCAGUACGUGGCGCUGGCCCUGCGGCACUUCCAUCUCAACCAUACCGGGAGCCCCUGGCUCAAGCAGCAUUUCUGGUUCUACUACGCCACCCUGUUGCCCGGCUUCCAGAGGACUGUGGGCAUCGCUGACUCCAACUACAACUGGUUCUACGGUCCAGAGAGCCAGCUCGUUUUCCUGGACAGGUACGUGCUGAGGAACGGCAGUGGGAACUGGCUGGCCAAGCAGAUCAGGAAGCAUCGGCCCAAGGAUGGCCCAAUGGAGCCCUCCAGUGCCCACAAGUGGUGCACCCUCCACACCGAGUACAUCUGGUACGACCCGGAUCUGAGCCCACAGCCGCCCCCUGGCCACGGCACGCCGAGCCUCCAUGUCUUCUCCAACUGGGGGGUCAUCACCUAUGGGGGCGGUCUGCCCAGCGAUCCGGGAAACACCUUCAUCUCGUUCAAGUCGGGGAAGCUGGGCGGGCGGGCGGUCUACGGGAUUGUCCAUGAGAGCCCGUACUCCUGGAUCGACGGCUGGAGGAACUUCAACCCGGGUCACGAGCACCCGGACCAGAACUCCUUCACCUUUGCUCCCGGCGGCCAGGUCUUCGUGUCAGAGGCUCUGUACGGGCCCAAGUACAGCCACCUCAACAACGUGCUGGUCUUUGCGCCGUCACCCAGCAGCCAGUGCAACCAGCCCUGGGAGGGCCAGCUUGGUGAGUGCGGCCAAUGGCUCAACUGGAUGGCGGGUGAGGCUGGCAGCUCAGCGGGUGAGUUGGUGACGGCCACUCAGGAUGGAGGGAUGCUGUUUGCCAGCGGUGAGGCCGCUCCCGCCUACUCCUCCUCCAUGCGCCUCCGGAGCGUGUACCGGGCAGUGCUCCUGCUGAACCCCCAGGUGCUGCUGGUGGUGGACCACAUCGAGAAGCGCCAAGGCUCCCCGCUCCAGCUGGUCAGUGCCUUCUUCCACAACCUGGACAUCGACUUCAAGUACGCGGCUCACCAGACCGCUGGCCGCCUCCACGGUGCCAUGAUGGACGUCUGGGACGCGGAGUACACCAUGUUUUGGUUCGACCACCGCGGGGGCAGCCCGACCGCCCGCAUCCAGGAGGCAGAGCAAGCGGCGGAGUUCAAGAAGCGCUGGACUCAGUACGUCAACGUGACCUUCCCGCUGGGCGCGCAGGUCACGCGCGUGGCCUACAUCUUCCACGGGCCGCGGGCACGGGUCACCGACUGCCGCUUCAUUGACGACUCAGCCCGGGGCUUCAGGCUGGCGCUGACCGUCAACGGCACCGAGCUGCUGGUGUCCGUGGUCACCCAGUACGGUGACCCCACCUCCCGCUUCCGCUAUCUGGGCUUCGGGGGUUACGCCAAGGUGGAGGACGGGCGCCGGGUGACCAGGUUCGGUUUUGGGACCACCCCGUCCGGAGGCGCGGGGCGGCCUGGGCCGGCUCUCCUCCGCUUCGGGCCUGCAGUGAGGAGCCUCCUGAGCGCAGGCCUUUGCUUCGGCCUGGUGCUGGUGGCCGCCAGGUGGAAACUCUGCAUCUCCUUCGGGCGCCUGUUGCGCCUGGCCUUGUUGGCGGUCAUCACCCUGUGGUUCCUGGAGCUGGUGGCACUGUGGGGCACCUGCUCCCGGCCCCCCUGCGGCAUGGGCUGGGGGACCGGGGGCAGGGAUGGCGGCAAGGGCGAGGGAGGGCCCUCUGAGCAGUGGGAUGAGGGCCUGGGGAGAAUGUCGCCGGUGGUGGUCAUCUCGCUGCCAGGCUCUGGGGCGGAGAUGCUGAAGCACCUCUUCGCCAACAGCACCGACUUCAUCUACAUCAGGGUCCCGACAGAACACCUCGACCUGCCCGAGGUGGAGUUUGAAUUUGAUUCCUUUGUCGACGCCUGUGAGUGGAAGGAGUCAGACGUGAGGGUGGGUCGUUACCGCUUGAUCCAGGGCUGGCUCCAGUCCCUGGUCCAUAACACCAAGCUCCACCUACAGAACAUUGCCCUGCAUGGUCCCCCCCGGGGAGCCCCUGCGGUGAACAACAGCCCCCCGCUCCGCAAGAGGAAGGCUCGGAGAAGAACCUCCCAGCUGGACCAGAACUCCAAGUACAAGGAAAACCUGGAGAGGGACGCAGAGUACAUCAAGGGGCUGAGGAGGCACUUGGCCUCCUAUCCCAAUGCCCGGGUAGUGCUCAGUUUGAGCAGCGGGAGCUGGACCCUGAAGCUGCCCUUUGUGCAGGCCGUGAUCGGGUCUUCGAUGAGGGCCCUGUAUGUGGUGAGGGAUCCUCGUGCCUGGGUCUACUCCCUGCUCUACAACAGCAAGCCCAGUCUUUACUCCCUGCGGAAUGUGCCCCAGCACCUGGCCAUGCUCUUCCGAGAUGACCAGCGCAAGGAGAGGUGUCGUCCGGACUCCGGCUAUGCCUUUGAGUACGAGUCCCUCCGGAGACAAUUUGCGGAGACGGAAAAGGACCCGGUGUCCCUCCUGGCUCACCUGUGGCUGGCCAACACCCGGGCCACGCUGAGGGUGAACAAGAAGCUGCCGCCUGGCAACUACCACCUGCUGAAGUUCGAGGACCUAGUUGAGGCACCUCAGGAAACCGCUGAGAGAGUCUACGCCUUCCUUGGCUUCGUGCUCCCCCCGGCCGCCCUGAACCGCAUCCUUUUCGCCACCUCAACCAACCUGUUCCACCUCCCGUUCGAGGGUGAGGUCUCGCCUGGCAGUCUCCACACCUGGAGGGACAGGAUGCCCCCAAAGGACAUCAGGGUCAUCGAGGAUACCUGCUGGUCAGUGAUGAGCCAACUCGGCUAUACCAGGUCGACCAGCUGAGAGCUCUGCCAGCCGGGAGGGGAGAGGAAGGGGAGGGCCAUCUCCAAAGUGCCGGCGUAAAAAAACAACAUUGAUUAGGUCAGGAAGAUCCCAGCGCAGACGCAACGGUUGGAAAAAUUGGCGUCUGGAGCCGGAGCACCACUGGGUGUGUGUUGCCUGUUGGGCACAGUGCUCCCAAAGUAAUCUUGGCUAGUGUUCCCACAGGGUCCUGCAGAGAGAAUGGCAGACAUGGCAGGGAAUCUUUCCAAAGAGGAGGGAAGGGAAAAAUUGAGGCGUCUUUUGCGAAUGGGACAGAAAGAUGGAAGUAAUCUUGCAGCAUUCAAUCAUUAAUAAUGUGAUAGCAUUAAUCACACAGAGUUAAAACUCAAGAAUGCAUUGUUCAAUUGAACCCAUUAAAUGAUAAUUAGCUGCUCCAUUUCUCUGUAGCCGGUUCUUACACUCCUGGACCAAAUUGUCUAAGACAUCAAUCUGGCCUGGCCACUCCUGAAAAGAAAGAGUUUUAUGAGCAAAAAAUAAGAUAGCUGGCUCACUGGGAGUUCUGCUGUCAUCCUCAGUGCUUACAAUUUAUCAUUUGCUAAAAUGGUAGUGUCAAAAUGCACUGUGGGGCAGCCGUGCAAAAUUCAUGGAACCCAUAAAUUGUGGUUUCCAAAAUGAAUUAAAACACCGGCCAACUUAAUGAGUCUGAAACUGUACUGGGUGGAGAGGGCGAGUGAUUGAUCAGCUAGAGGGGCCUCAUUUCUGCUAACCUUAACGCCAUGAUGAAGGAACAUCGACAGGAUGGAUUUCUGAUACAGGGCACGACUUCUCUCUUUGGGUUUAGAGGAUUGUUUGUCAUCUAUUUCUUGAAGGAGCAAAUGUCAAAGCCUUUUGGUUUCCCAAAAUAUCAGUGAGAAGAUGACUGGAAGUUUGAGCCUUUUCCCUUCAGCUCCCUGCCUGCCAUUGACGUUAUUAAAAAGGAGGCAGAGAGAUGAUAUUGGAAAUUGAGCAUUUGAGGUAAAGACCUUGACAGGAAAUGCUACCUUUUCUAGCACAGGCAUGAUGGGACAAAUGGCUCCUCUGUGUUACUGUCAGUUUCUAUGCGUUAAAUUUUCCCUGGGUUCAUUCUGUUAAAAGGUGUUGGGUGCACUGACGAACAUGCCAAUCCCUUACUACCAAGAAAACACAUCCAGUCAGAUCCCAGAUAAGUAGAAUGAGGGCAUGUUUCUUGGCCAAUCAUAGACCUCAACAUUGGCGUCUCAGAGCCCAAGAUGCUGCUAUCCAAUAAGAGGCUAGCAACGUCUGGGACUAACCCCCGCCCCGCCUCCCCCCACCCUGGUGCAGCCUGACGUCACAGGAACCAAUGGUGGUGAGGUGGGUAGAUUUUAUACUCAUCGGGUUGGGAGUCACAGCGAGAGAGGUUAAGGGGGUCGGGCCCAUGCCUCUGAUGUCUCCACAGAAUGGUCCAACUGGGGGGACCCCCAUCCUCAGCACUACCCAGCAGUUACAUGACCUUGGUUUCCCAGUCAGGAAGCUAGCCACCUUACCCACUGGGAAGGCAGCUGAUUGAUGGGGUACUGAGGUAAAGUCCUUAAGUGACCAAUAAUUAAGCAUUUAGGAGGUUUCACAGUAUCAUGGGAUUGUUACACUGUAGAAGGAGGCCAUUUGGCCCAUUGUGUCUGCACCAGCAGUUCAAAUGAGCAUCAAGACUGAGUACCAUUCCCUGCCUUUAUCUUCCCCGUACCUUUGUAUUUUGUAUCCAAAUAGUCAUCCAAUGCCCUGCUUGAACUGAACCAGCCUCCACUACAUUUUCUAGGCACUACAUUCCAUACCCUAACUAAUCACUGGGUGAAACUGUUAUUUCUCAUAUCUUUACACAUCUGCAACCAUCUGCAAUGGUGUGAUUUAAACCCAUGUCUCUCUGAACAUCAGCAUGAGCCUCUGAAUACUUAAUUACCACCAGGUCACUGCCUCAGCGAACUGCAGUGCCUUUCCUGAAAUGAUGUUGGAGGCAGAAUCGAAAGGAUCUUUCAUAAAGAUGUGAGAUAAAUAGUUGGAGGGGAAAUCAAAUUAGUGAGCGGCACGGUGGCACAGUGGUUAGCACUGCUGCCUCACAGCGCCAGAG